CGUGCCUUCAGUUCAGACCAAGCGCUUGUUCAGUUCGCACCGUUUUUGUUGUGACAAAGGUUUGUGUUGUCGGUGUCAUUUAGCGGACAAAGAUCGAGUCAGUCAAUUAUCCAAACAAUUUCCCAACGUAAAAUUAUUCGUAUAAGUGCUUACAAUACAAAAAGCAAGUAUUGUGUUUGUGAUGGUGAAUAAUUUGAAAAAACCUACAAAAACACUUAACAACGAUUUGUGUUCGAUUGGAGAACCCAACCCAAUAGCCGAUUUGAAUGUAGUUCAAUUGAAGAUCGCAAAUGUGAAGAGUGAACCGAUAAAGCAAAACCACAACGGAGUGCUGCGUGCAGUAUGAAUUUAACGAAAUUUUUGUUAACGUGCUGAAAUUCUUUCUUCGCAUUCUAUUGUCGGACGAAAUCGAUUAAAAAUCGAUUACUUCAUCAUUGUGCUGAUAAGUGAAAAGAGAGAAUUCGAUUAUAUUGUUGGUAUAAUAUAAAAAACUGAACUAGUGAAUAAGACUGAAGUGCUUAGUUGUGAAGCCGAAGCUGUUGAGAACUGUGAUAAAUAGUGGCAUUUUAGUGUGCAUACUUAUCUCUAAUUAGAUUUAUUAAUUAUUUAUCACCAUUUGGAAUAUUAUCCCAAAUUUUAAACAAUAAUUAUCACUUAAUUGAUUCAACCGAAAGAACCUUCGGCUCAAAUCUUCAACAACGAAUUCGUUUUCGGUGAACGGCUUUAUUUUUUGAUCGUGUGUACGGCAUUUCGCAACGAGUUGACAAAAUGGCGCAACAAACGCAACAAGUUCAAAUGCAACGAAUGGUGAGCUAUGAUACGGAGGGCUUACAACGACUGCGACAAGAGAUUGAUCAAGAGCACAAUAAUUUACAACGAAUGACCUCAGAAGAAGAACGCGCUGACCGCCGAAAAAUGCAUGAAAUUUUCGAAUCGCUGGACACUAACAACGAUGGUCGCUUGAAUAUACGCGAAUUGAAGCAACACAUUAAAAAUUUCCAAUGUCGACAAUUACCGGACUACCUGGCGAAAUACAUUCUUCGGAUGUCGGACGAAGAUUCGGAUGGUGCUCUCGAUUUUGAGGAGUUCUAUCAACUCAGUUUAAGACAGGAAUGGCUUUUCUCGCGUUUGGUGUUCAAGUAUUGCAAAUUGUUAGUGCCAUCACCACAUCGUCCCGAAGCAGAUGAAACUGAUGUGGUUGGCGCGCGUAGUUUUAACCAACGCUCUCUUAAUCAAUCGCAGCUAUCUUUCGAAUCAAUAGAUGGUGCCUACGAACGAAGCAUGACUGUUUGUCCGCCGCCGUUAACGAUGAUUACAUUUUCGAUUGUUGAAAUAAUAAUGUUUUUGGUCGAUAUAAUUUACUUUAGUGAUGAUGAAUACAACCAUAAACCAGUCGGUGAGAAUACAAAUGGACCAGCCGCAACUUUGUUUAUCUACAAUCCAUAUCGUCGUGUUGAGGCAUGGCGGUUCAUUACAUACAUGUUUGUUCACGUCGGCGUCAUGCAUAUUAUGAUGAAUUUGAUUAUUCAAAUAUUUUUGGGCGUUGCACUUGAGUUGGUCCAUCAUUGGUGGCGUGUGGCACUUGUUUACCUGGCCGGUGUCUUGGCUGGUUCGAUGGGAACGUCGAUUGUGAGCCCAAAUAUCUACUUGGCUGGUGCUAGUGGUGGUGUGUACGCGUUAAUCACGGCACACAUCGCUACAAUUAUUAUGAAUUGGAAAGAAAUGGAAUACGCUAUCGUUCAAUUAUUCGUGUUCCUGAUUUUCUGCAUCACUGAUGUUGGUUUCGCUGCUUGGCGUCACUUCAACGAUAUCCAUGAUCAAGUUGGUUAUGUGGCACAUUUAUGUGGUGCGGUUGCUGGGCUACUCGUAGGAAUUGGUGUACUUCGAAACCUCAAAGUUCGUCGAUGGGAGCGCUGGUUGUGGUGGUGCGCUGUAACCUUAUACUUCCUUUUGAUGAUUACCGGCAUUUCCAUUCACAUCUUCUACGGCCAACAUUUCCCGCGUUACAAACCGUUCAAAGGACAGUACCAGUAAACAAAUCGUACAAACGUUUACAUUAAAAAAUGACAUUUUAUCAAAUCCGAAAAAGCUAUCUACUGCUACUAGAAAAAAAUGAAUGACAUUGUAUCAAUUCGAUAAGCCAUUAGUAUUUUAAGAAUGUAUCUUUCAUAUUUAGUCUGUUUUUAGAAAACUUUUUGAUGUCUGUUUUUACACAAUCUAAUGUCAAAAGCAUUUUUAGGAGAGAUUUUUCAAAUGUUGCAUUUGAGGGAUUCUAUUGAGGUUACGAGAAGAUUUCUCUUCCUUGUUCUUAGGGUUGAAGUUAUAUAAAAAUAUAUCGAUCGAUUAAUUGUAUAAAUACUCAAGCAACGAGUAUAGUAUAUGUUAGAGAACAACGAUCUAGUUUCUAUUGAGUAAGAAAAUUUCAUGUCAUAGUUGUUUCAUGUCGUGAUUUAUUUAUAUUAAUGUUAAAUUUUGCAUUUCAAUCCACACGGAAAAACAGUACUAUAUCACAACGAAAAGAGUUUGUCGCGUGCACAAUUUUAUAAACACCAGAGCCAGGCUAUAUUCACAUGGCUACGCUAUUAUUUCUGUAUCGAUCACGAAGCGUUUAUGCACAAGAAUGAAUGGAAACAAUAAAAAAUGACUUUACAAAUUCUUACA